GCAUGGGGGCACACGGGCAACACACUGCCGGCAAGGGCAGCCAUCGUGCACCACACACUUACACCGGUGCCAACCAUGCCCGCAGAAGAUGUCGCACAGUUUCCCCCCAGUAGCUACCCCUACUUGGCCUUUGUCUCGGACGCGCCGUGGUUCGUGAACACCUCUGGACUACCACGUGACCGAGUCCAGGCUCACCGACUUUGGCCUCGUGAUCCAGGCCCCCAACACCUACAGUACAGGCGCUCACCAACAGUGGAACGCGUGCUCAUCAUGCCCCUGCCAACCCAGAGCACGGACCCCACGGUGCUCGUGACCCGCACCUAUGUCUGGGCCCUCAUCACUGGAGACUUGCGACAGGUGGGCUUCACCAACCCGGAGUCCUGCUAUCUCAUUUUCCGUGACUACAUCGCCCUCGCAGUACAUUUGCGCUACAUCAUGGCCUUCACCGACGCGGUCCUGGACUGUGUCUGCUUCAUGCUGCCGAUGGCGUGGCGGCCCAGGUUCACCGAAGACUGGGCGCAGGUGAUCACCAUCAGCGGCCAACCACCUCGAGUCCAUUGGCGCCGCGGCAUGUGA